UUUAUUUCCAAUCUGAAUUUGUCAAACUUCAAUACCUAGCCAUUGGAUCGUGUUAUAGCUUUGUCUGCUAGACUGAGCCUUGACCAAGCCUCUCUCUGUGAGGUAGGUAAGGAAUAUUCAAAGAUAACUUCAUCCACCACCAAAGGGCAUCCAACCUCUAGAGUGGAACGCAGCAGCUUUUCAACAGCACACAGCAACACCACACAAUAACCUAGCAGAGACUCUGAAAAAAAUGCUUCUGUAAUUGCAAUUGAAGAAAGAAUACUGAGUAGAUGGAAUGUAAUUCUCCAGUUGGAAUGUAACCAGCACACUAAGGUCUACAUACAAGAAUCCAGAAUUCCUGUGCAAGGGUGAGGCCUUUCAGAUAAAAAUACAACAGCUGUGAAUCAAACCAAAACAUAUGCAGAAUUAAAAUAUCUUCAACUAACAAGAGGUGCCUUCACUUGCAUCCCUCCUGAUAUUUCCCUUAAGGACAUUCCUCAGAUAUAUCUCUGCAAUGAGACCCCGAUGGAAGUGGCUGCUAAAUGUAAAUCUCAGAUGGUUUGGAAUGUUUGCUAAAACAGUUACCAAAAACGGAAUGGAACAACUUCUCCAGUUGGGAUUUUUUUUUUUACUCCCUAUCAUACAAGCUGCAGCAAUACUAUUUGGCCUGGGAGAGUUGUUUGGAGCCAGCAGAAGGGUGAAAAAUGGUCUCAUGGGGAGCACAGGGCAGAGGCAUUGAUGCCAGGAAGACAGGUGGAGAGGAAAGGCUCUUUAAGAAGUUAGUGUGACCCAGGAACCCCCCAGUGCCAACUAGCAAGGAGGUUACAAGAAUAUUGUGAUCCUGCUAAGUACAUUCUGGUUCACCAAGAAAGUAAUCCGGCAGUGCGUUUACAUUCAUGAAAACAAGAUUUCAACCUGCGCUGGAUGAAACACUGCAAAGGACAUUUGGGAGAGCCAGCUGUUGCCUGGGAAUAACUUCACAAAUGAAUGCAACAUUCCUGGAAACUUCAUGUGUAGUAACGGACGCUGUAUCCCAGGGGCCUGGCAGUGUGAUGGGCUGCCCGACUGCUUCGAUGAAAGUGACGAGAAGGAAUGCCCAAAAGCCAAAUCCAAAUGUGGCUCCACGUUCUUCCCCUGUGCUAGUGGGAUCCAUUGUAUCAUUGGCCGCUUCCGGUGCAACGGCUUUGAGGACUGUCCAGAUGGCAGCGAUGAAGAAAACUGUACAGCAAAUCCCUUGCUGUGCUCUACUGCCCGAUUCCACUGUAAGAACGGCCUUUGCAUCGAUAAAAGCUUUGUAUGCGACAGUCAAAAUAACUGCCAGGACAACAGUGAUGAAGAAAGCUGUGAAAGCCCUCAAGAAACUGGCAGUGGCCAAGAUUAUGUGACCUCAGAGAACCAACUGCUCUAUUAUCCCAGCAUCACAUAUGCUAUAAUCGGCAGCUCAGUUAUCUUUGUGCUGGUGGUGGCGUUCCUCGCCUUGGUUUUGCACCACCAACGAAAACGCAACAACCUCAUGAGCCUGCCUGUGCAUCGGCUGCAGCACCCUGUCCUCCUGUCCCGGCUGGUGGUCCUUGAUCAUCCACACCAUUGCAGUGUCACCUACAAUGUCAACAAUGGAAUUCAGUACAUGUCCAACCAGACCUGCCACAGGCCACUGGAUCUGGAUUCUCCACCAUCGUAUUCAGAGGCUGUGUUAGACCAAAGCAGACCCCCAUGGUUUGAUCUUCCUCCACCCCCUUACUGCUCAGAUUCUGAAUCCCCCAGUCAGACAGAUCUCCCUCCUUACCGAUCUCGGACAGGAAGCUUGGUGAGCACAGACACUCCAAUGGCAGGAAGCCCCUUGAGCACAGGCAGCAGUCGGACAAGAGGUGUCAGUAACAGUAUGGACCAUCGCAGAAUGCUUUGUGAGAGAACACCUGAGCAAAAUGACUCUCUGAUCAGUCCUGUUGCUGAAAGAGAAAUGUGACCAGGGAAUUGAAAAGGGUAUAUGGGUUAGUCUGCUGUGGCUUGUUACCGUCAGAGAUGGGCCUGAGCUGUGAUGUUCAGAAUGGGAUUUGAUUUGAAUCCAAAUCCCAACUUCCCCAAGUUGUACAUGUGCUCUGUUUUGGUGUUUGGGCUCAUCAUAGGCAAAGACCAGAGCCAGGUUCACAUCUGAACUGUCCAGAAUUGAUAGAGGAAGGGUUAAGUCUGGGAUUCAAGUUCAGAUCUGUUGAAUACUUAAGACUUUGUGAUUUAAUGUAUUUCAGGGUGUACUUUACUGUAUAUGUAUGUAUAUAUGUGCAUGUGUAAUAUCUGUAGGUAUUCCACACAAAAAUACUGUUUAAAAAAAACAUCAAGGUUACCAAGUCAAGCACUCAAAAUAUAGGAAAUGGCAGAAUUCAGGUUGCCCCCUUUUUGUGGGCAUUAAGGUACAAUCUUUAAUUACUUGAUCACACACUAAGUUUUUCCACAGGAUUCCUGCCUCUUGGUGUUCUUAGAGUGGAUUGUGCUCCAUUAGAGAGCAGCUAUUCGAUAUUUAGUUUUAGCCUCAUUGUUCAAUUUGUGGUUCUAGGCUUUAUUUAUUGCACACUAUUCAAACCCUGCUGUGAAGGCAGAAUUAUUAAUUUCCUUGUGGUUUUUCUGUGGCACUUAUCAUUAUAGCAUCUAAGAAGCUUCACAAACAUUAAUGAAGUUAUUUUCACAACAACUCCGAGAUGAAGUGGUGGUAUGCCCAUUUUUCAGAUGGGAAAUGAGGCACAGAGAGAUUAAAGUCAAAAGUGUCCACUAAUUUUGGAUGCCCAAUUUGAGACACGUUGGACCUGAUUUUUAGAGCACUUAACAUUCUAUAGCACUUUAUAUGUUCAAACAUACCUCCCAUUGUCUUCAGUUGCAGCUGUGAGUGCUCAGCACUCCUGCAGGUCAGACCCCAGGUCUCAAGUCAGGCACCCAGAAACGGAGGAACACACUGUAAGUGGCCACCUCUGAAAAGUUUGGUUUAAGUGCCCAGUGUCACAUAGGAACUUGGUGGCAAAGGGGGAUAGAAUUUCAGUUUUCCAGGGCAACUUUCAACUGCCAUAACCAUAAGACUAUCCUUUCUCGUCUGCAGUCACCUGCUUCAUCCACUACACACCUUCCAGCUUCUGCAGUAAAUGAGGCAGGAGUCCUACAGACCAGUCACUUUUACUACCUGAUUUAUCCCCAGAGCAAGUGCAUCCUGUGCACUGAAUGAGGCAGGGGUCCUGUAGAAAAAAUAGUGUGUGAUCAUGUAGUUUAAGACUGUACCAUAAUGCAUAUGCCCAAAGACUCCAAACUAAAGUUGUGCACAUACCCUUAAUUCUGGCAUGCCCUAACUUUUGAGUACACCUUGGGGGCCAACAAAUCUUACCGCAUUAUAGGUGAAGCCACGUUAUAUCGAACUUGCUUUGAUCCACCGGAGUGCGCA